AUGGAGAAGAUACUGGUUAUAGGGUCGCCUGACGGUGUAGUUUUACCCGAGACUUGGGCCACCUUCUCUUCAAAAUACACCAUUGUCACGUACGACUUUCCUACCGUCAAAGAAUUCCAUGAAUCAAUGGCAACCGGCGACUGUCAAGACAUUUCCGGAAUAAUGAGGAUAGGUUUAAACUUCCCUGUUGGAAUCGAGAGGGUUGGCCUAGGCUGGACCAGACGUGCCUUGCCAUACUUUCCCCCUUCUCUCAAAAUGAUAGUCAAUUUUGGACAUGGCUUUGAAGAAGAAGACAUUCAAGGUCUCAGGAAAAAGGGGAUUGAGUUCUUCAACACAACAGGCGGCAGUGAGGCGACUGCCGUUGUCGCACUAUACCUCAUUAUCUCGACCUUCCGCCAGCUGAGUCGAUAUGAGCGAAUGCUUCGCGACGACCAGUUUCUAGCUGCACUCAGGCAAUCUGCGCAAUCCGCUACAGAUCCGUACGGCAAAAGCCUUGGUAUCAUUGGAAUGGGCUCGAUAGGACAGACGAUCGCACGCCAGGCCGCGGCACUAGGCAUGAAGAUACAUUGCAUCGACAGACCGAAUCUGAGGAGGCUUCUAGAUGCCGUAAGGGGCGAAACCGGCUACAUCAGAGACCUCAUCCCACCGAUUAUCCUCCACAAGGACUUGAAAUCGCUUGUCGCUAAUGUGGACUGCGUGGUCUUGUCAUGCUCGUACUCUGCGGAGACACAUCACUUGCUCUCACGAGAUGUGUUUUCUAGGAUGAAGAAGGGCGUGAGAGUGAUCAAUGUAGCAAGAGGCAAGUGUAUUGACGAGGAAGCUCUGUGCGACGCCAUAGAGAGUGGAAUCAUUUCAGGAGUGGGACUUGAUGUUCAUUACAACGAACCACAUGUUAACACGAAGAUGCUGAAAUACGACUGCGUAACCCUGUUACCGCACCUAGGAGGGCUAACAAAUGACUCAAUGAAGAAUCAUGCUAUGAUGGCUAUGAGGCGCGUGGAUGAUUUCUUUUUGCGUCGUUAA